CGCGGUGUGCCUAGUUCUGCGAAAACAUGGCUGCCGCCGGUUUGGCACUUAUUUGCAGGCGAGUCUCAGCCGCCCUGAAGGCGUCCAGGUCGUUACUAACUCCGCAGGUCCCUGCCUGCACAGGGAGCAGCAUGGACCCGUCAGCAACUAAGGAACAAAAGUAAUGAAGAUUUACAUAAACUUUGGUAUGUCUUACUCAAGGAGAGGAACAUGCUUCUAACCCUAGAGCAGGAGGCCAAGCGGCAGAUAUUGCCAAUGCCAAGUCCAGAGAGGCUGGAGAAGGUAGUAGAGUCCAUGGAUGCUUUAGAUACCGUUGUCCAGGAAAGAGAAGAUGCCAUAAGGCUUCUUCAGACUGGUCAAGAAAGAGCUCGACCUGGUGCUUGGAGAAGAGACAUCUUUGGAAGAGUCAUCUGGCACAAGUUCAAGCCGUGGCCUAUACCUUGGCACCUAAAUAAAAGAUACAAUAGGAAACGAUUCUUCGCAAUGCCUUAUGUGGACCGUUUUCUCAGACUGGAACGUGAGAAACGAGCCCGCAUCAAAGCACGGAAGGAAAAUUUAGAGAAGAAGAAAUCAAAAAUUCUUCUAAAGAAGUUUCCACAUCUCGCGGAAGCCCAGAAAUCAAGUCCUGUCUAGGAUGUCUGAACUCUUAAAUUUACCAUUUUGUUUUUCUUGCAUAAGUCUGUGUAUAAUAGUAAAUAAAUAUGUUAAGUGGUUUAUAAAGAAAUUCUGUUUUUAGUCAAGUAAGUGACUUCACUGAUUAGUUGUUCUAAGUGUUAAUAUGGCAUGCUAAUUAGCUAAUUUGGUAGAAGCUAAUUUAUUUUCUAAAAAUCAAGUAUAAAGUUCAGAUUAAAUUCCCAGUUUAUAAUUUCUGACAUUUAAGCAGGCUUUAAUGUCACCUGCAUAACUGCCACACCAAAGGCAAUACUGUAGUUUCUGAACUUGGGUAACUAUUGUUAAUAGGAUAUGAAGAGGAUGUGGGUACUGCUGUUAAUAAACAGUACUUUGAUUCAAA